UGUCAAGCGUCGACUUUUCAAUGAUGUCUCGGAGUUCGGACUGGGGGAGCAUUGCAUCAUGAAUGUUCAUGAAAAUUUCACUCAUUCGUUACAAUAUGUGCCUUGCAUUUUUGUAGCAUACAUGUAUGGAACAAAUGUUAAGGGAUUUAAAGUAACGAUAAAGGGUGUUUUUGAUCAAGCUGUGAUAUUUUAAAGCGAGUUUAAUUGACGUUUGUUUCCACGUGGUGACUGUCACAUUUGGUCUACGUGUUACGAAUCUUUCGUCAUAUUAAUUGUGUUUUUGUUCUCGACGGCAUUAGAAGAUUGAAAUGGAGACUUUAAAUAUGUCUAAACUAAAUCUGUCCAGCGUGAGAAGCACCGUUCCUGGUGACAAUACAUUAAAACAAGAUGUUAUAGAGCCAAAGUUUGAGACCAUUGCCUUAACUGAUCCAGAUGAUGAAUAUCAUUGUGAAUAUCGUGAGGAAAUUUGGAAGAACCUGCUGGAACAGGAUGCAGAGAAACCUACUAUACACCUUCAAUCACCACAGCUAGAGUUCCGAGGUGCCUUAGUUCAACAACUCCGCGACGUCACAAAGAAACUGGGUCUGACACUAGCCACUCUACACUCGGCGGUCGCCCAGUUAGAUCUGUUUAUGGACGCACACAGGCUACGUGCAGAUAGACUGACACAUGUUGCACUCGCCUGCUUGAGUCUAGCAGCAAAAAGCGAGGAGAAAUUCAGCAGAGCACCUACAUUAAAAACAUUAUCAAAAAUAUCUGGUGUGCAGCUGUGUGGCAAGACUUUUAGACAGUUAGAAUGGAUGGUAGGGCAGCAUGUGCGAUGGAGGCUGCUUGCACCGACGCCAGUGACUUUCGCAGCUCUACUGGCACAGUAUGUGGUAGCUGACUGCGAUUUGACCACAAGGCAUCCAAAGUUUGUUAGACGGUUCAAACGAGAUGGAGCCAAGUUGUUAGAAGCUUAUUUAGAUUUAACUUUGUCUGACGUGCGGCUGAAGGUGGUGGAGAGCGCGGACGUGGGCUGCGCGUGCGUGGCGUGCGCGCGCGCGGCGCUGGGGCUGGCGGCGUGGCCGGCGUGGCUGGCGGCGCGCGCCGGCCGCAAGCCCGCCGCCGUGGCGCCCGUCGCGCGCCUGCUGCAGCGAAUGAUGCAAAUUCUAAAGUCGCGUGAAACAGUCGACUCUGAGGUGGACCAGGGCUAUAGCAGCGCUCGAACAUCACCCAACCUAACUCCCUGUGCAUCACCGAGGUAUCAGAUCUCCCCAGCGUCCAGCACAUGCAGCACCUCUUCCAGAAGCUGCCUGAACGUUGACACAUCAUACCGCCAACGUCCAGUCAGGUCAGAUAAUGCUUACACCGUAUUAGAUUUGGACGACACAGAAGUAUCUCACGUUCCGAACCAAGAGUACUAUAGGCUACCUACGGCGGUUGAUAUGACUUGUCAAAGGGUCAAUAACCCAGCGGAUUACAGCUUCUGUAGGUCCAGUAGGUUAAUCGAAGCUAGCUUCGAUCCGGUCCAACCGUCUACGAGUAUGGCUGUGAAGAGAGGUUUAGAUAGUAACGUUGAAUUUGAUAGAAAGAGGUAUCGUCUCGCUUCGCAAAUGUCGCAGGUUGUUCUUUGAUUAUUCUUCUAGUCUUCGAGAAUAUAUCAUUUCAAUUAUUUUUUUUAAUUUGACAUAUUCGAAACAUUUGCAUUUAUGUUACAGUUCAGAUUCAAAAGUCCAUGUUUGUUUGUCCUAUUCCACAGUACAAAAUAAUUUUCUGACUGUUCUUAGCAGUAUUUUAAAUGUUCAUGGUAAAAAGUUAAAUAGCCUCUAUACAGAUAAUGUUGAAAGUACAUACUAAAAUAUAUUCGAAUAUUCGAUUAUAAAAGCGACGAUUCGGCAUCUUCAAAAAAUAGUUAUAAUUAAAUUAUCUGAGCUUUAGUUUGUUACAAAAAUUACAAACAUACAAAACUAGUACAAAAAAUAUAUAAAACAGAUAACGAAAAAAAAGUAUCGUAGAUAGAAGAAAAAAAAACAUUAAAAAAAUGGUUGCCGAAUUGCCGCGAAAACGCAUAAUAUU